AAGUAUAGUCAUCCUAGAGCUUUCAAAGGUGUUGCACAUUUACCUGUUGUUUACAAAGCACAAGGUAAUUCAUGGAUGAACAAAGAAAUUUUUUAUGAUUGGUUUCAUCAUGUUUUUGUAGCUGCAGUGAAAGAACAUUUUAGAAAAAUAAGCUUACCUGAAGAUAGCAAAGCUAUUCUAUUGCUAGACAAUUGUAGAGCUCACCCUCAUGAAACAGAAUUAGUGUCUGGUAAUAUUUUUACCAUCUUCCUGCCUGCCAGUGUUGCUUCAUUGAUUCAACCUAUGGACCAGGGCAUCAUCCAGAAUAUGAAAUGUUAUUACAGAAGAGAUUUCCUGAGAAAGUUGAUCAAUCAUGAAGGCACUAUACAGGACUUUCAAUCUCUUUAUAAUAUAAAAGAUGCAGUUUUUAAUGUUGCUUGUGCCUGGAAUUCAGUUAAAAGUGAAACAUUAAGGAGAGCUUGGAUAAAAUUGUGGCCUAGUGUUAUGUUUGCAGAAGUGUCUUCUGAUGAAGAUGAAUUUGAAAGCUUUAAAGUAAGAGUUAGAAAAAAUACAUUAGCACAAAUUCUUGAAAUGGUGAAGGAUACUCCUCCUUCACACCCCAUCAACAAACUUCAUGAAAGUGAGCUAGAAGAGUGGGUUGAAGCUGACAAGGAGGUUGAAGUGACACACACUGUUACUGAUACGGAAAAGUCAAAGGACACUGAUAAAGACAGUGAAGAAGAUGAUUUUAGUGAAGAGGACAAAAUAACUUGGGGAAAGGCUGCUUCAGCUUUUGAUACAAUAAUUAAAUUUGCAGAAAGGCAACCAUGUUAUACUGCCCAGGAGGUUAUGCAGUUGCACAUUCUGCACUCUACUUUUAUGCAAAAGAGGCAGAAGACCUGUAAGCAAGCUGAUAUAAGGGAAUUAGGCAAAAAAACAGCUUCCAGGGUGUGUCAUAGGGUCAGUACAGAUUCAGCCCAAUCUCCUACACCUUCUACAUCUACAAUGAUAAUUGAUGUUGAUUAAUGAUCACCCUGAGGAACUGCAAGAUCCUGAAGUGCCUUCUGAAUCAUCAAAGAAAGAUUAAAUUAUGUUCAGUAUUGUUUUAGUUGAAGUGUUGUUUUUAGUGAUCUGGGUGUACGCCAUGCGCUGCCCAUAGUGAUAUGUAGUGUCAUCAGAUAACCUACUAUAUAGAAAACUUUACCUUUAUACACCUAAGUGCUUCAAGAAACCAACACUCUGCCAUGCAGUAUUACUACUGGAUUGAGCAGUGACCUGAGACUUUUUGGAGGGCAGCACGCCUAGAGAUACACGUCGCCCUCCAUCACGCACACUCCUCCAGCACCAUGUCAGGAAACUACACCCCCUCUUCUGGGGGCCCCUUCUCGGCUCUCACCCCCAGCAUCUGGCCACAGGAGAUCCUGGCAAAGUACACCCAGAAAGAAGAGUUGGUGGAGCAGCCAGAAUUCCGGUACGAUGAAUUCGGCUUCCGAGUGGAUAAGGAAGAUGGCGCUGAGCCGAACUCCAGCAAGCUGCUAGGGAUUCCGCUGACAGAGGAGCCACAGCAGAGGCUGAAGUGGCAGGCCCACCUGGAAUUCACGCACAACCACGACGUGGGGGACCUCACCUGGGACAAAAUCGAGGUCACGCUGCCAGGUUCGGACAAGCUGCGCUCACUGGUACUGGCUGGCAUACCACACAGCAUGAGGCCUCAGCUGUGGAUGCGUCUCUCUGGGGCCCUGCAGAAGAAGAGGAAUUCGGAGAUGUCCUACCGAGACAUUGUGAAAAACAGCUCCAAUGAUGAAACUAUCUCUGCCAAACAGAUCGAGAAGGACCUGCUCCGCACCAUGCCCAGCAAUGCCUGCUUCUCCAACAUGAACAGCAUCGGGGUGCCACGACUGCGCAGGAUACUCCGGGGACUAGCCUGGCUUUACCCAGAGAUUGGAUACUGCCAAGGCACCGGCAUGGUGGCGGCUUCCCUGCUGCUCUUCUUGGAGGAGGAAGAUGCCUUCUGGAUGAUGUGCGCCAUCAUCGAGGACUUGGUACCUGCCUCCUACUUCAGCACCACGCUGAUGGGAGUGCAAACCGACCAGCGUGUCCUACGCCACCUCAUCGUGCAGUACCUGCCACGGCUGGACAAGCUCCUGCAAGAGCAUGACAUUGAGCUGUCCCUGAUCACCCUGCACUGGUUCCUCACGUGCUUCGCUAGCGUUGUGCAUAUCAAACUGCUGCUGCGCAUCUGGGACCUCUUCUUCUACCAGGGUUCGCUAGUGCUCUUCCAGGUCACCUUGGGCAUGCUCAGUAUGAAGGAAGAUGAGCUAAUCCAGUCGGAGAAUUCUGCCUCCAUCUUCAACACUCUCUCGGACAUCCCGUCUCAGAUCGAGGACGCGGAGGUGCUGCUGCGGGAGGCCAUGCGCGUCGCUGGCUCACUGACAGACAUGGCGGUGGAGACCCAGCGCCGCAAGCACUUGGCUUACCUCAUCGCUGACCAAGGGCAGCUACUCAACCCCAGCGCCGCUGUCAAUAAUCUAUCCAAGAUUGUGCGGCGCAGGACCCAGCGCAGGAAAUCUGGCAUUACCUCGUUGCUUUUCGGUGAAGAUGAUUUAGAGGCACUGAAGGCCAAGAACAUCAAGCAGACGGAGCUGGUGGCUGACCUUCGUGAGGCGAUCCUGCAGGUGGCACGGCACUUCCAGUGCGUGGAUCCAAAGAACUGCAGCAUUGACCUGACUCCGGAUUACACCAUGGAGAGCCACCAGCGGGACCAUGAAAACUAUGUGGCAUGUUCCCAGCACCGUCGGCGCCGAGCCAAGGCACUGCUGGACUUCGAGCGCCAUGACGAUGACGAGUUAGGCUUCCGCAAGAACGACAUCAUCACAAUCAUAUCCCAAAAGGACGAGCACUGUUGGGUGGGGGAACUGAAUGGACUGAGAGGUUGGUUUCCUGCAAAAUUUGUGGAGGUCUUGGAUGAACGGAGCAAAGAGUACUCCGUUGCUGGCGACGACUCGGUCACAGAGGGGGUGACAGACUUGGUUCGAGGGACGCUCUGUCCAGCGCUGAAGUCUAUAUUUGAGCAUGGGUUAAAGAAGCCAUCCCUGCUGGGCGGGCCCUGCCACCCCUGGCUGUUUAUCGAAGAGGCCGCCGGACGGGAGGUGGAACGAGACUUCGAUUCAGUGUACUCCCGCCUCGUGCUCUGUAAGACUUACAGACUCGAUGAAGAUGGAAAAGUUCUGACUCCAGAAGAGCUGCUUUACCGGGCAGUGCAGUCCGUGAACAUGACGCACGAUGCUGCGCACGCUCAGAUGGACGUGAAGCUUCGCUCCCUCAUCUGUGUUGGACUCAAUGAGCAGGUCCUGCACCUGUGGCUGGAGGUGCUGUGCUCAAGCCUGCAGACAGUGGAGAAAUGGUUCCAUCCCUGGUCCUUCCUGCGCAGUCCCGGCUGGGUACAGAUCAAGUGUGAGCUCAGAGUCCUCUCCAGAUUUGCAUUCAGUCUCUCUCAGGACUGGGAACUUCCUAUAAAGAGAGAGGAGAAGGAGAAGAAGCCGCUGAAGGAAGGAGUGCAGGACAUGCUGGUGAAGCACCAUCUCUUCAGCUGGGACAUAGAUGGCUGACCCAACCCACUGCGGACCUUCUAGACUGCCACACGCAACACACACUCCUCUCCCGCCCUCACCCGUGACUGCUCUCAGCCCAGCUGAAGCGACAGCCUCUCCAGCUUGGCGGGCACUGCACCUGAGGCAAUGGGUGGGUGGAGGGCUGUGUGUGGUUAGUCUUCUGAAGGCAUGGUGUGGUCUUGCAGGCAGAAAUCCUUCCCCCAGCCUGUGCAGUGCACCCUGCACCAGCUGCCCAGCUCCCAUUCCCAUGUGUUCCCUUGCCCCCAGCUGGAAGCACUGCUCGGGGAGGGGGGGACACUCCACUGGCCAGAUCUCUAGCUUCCCUUUUGCCCCACCCUGCUGCUCCUCUGGGAGAGGGUUCUUCUCUGCCUCAUGACCCCCUCUCCCUCCUGUCCUAGGGGUUAGUGAGCAGAUCUUUGUGUCUGUACAACAUUUCCAAGUGCCACUGUAGCUCAGAACGUGAGGGCAGCAGCUGAAGAGGCAGCUUCUCCUGGCCGCUUGAUAACUGCGGGGUCUGUUGCGGCUGCGGGGGGGAGCUGUGUGUUUCUCACCAGCCUGUGGCAGGAAAAGGGGGAGAGGCAGCAGAACCACUGGCUGACCUCAGCUUCCCUGUCACUUGUGCUUUGGGAGCCUCCCUCUGUGAAAGAUUUUUUGUCUUGUUGCCCUAGUACUGACAGGGACAGAUGGGGAUGCUGACAAGAUGUGCCUAAGGGAGCAGCCAGUUACCAACUACAACUGCCUUAGGGGAUGGGGCCUUUUCUCAAAAGUGUGGAGGGAAGCCCCCGUUCUCCCCUAGCCUGAAGGAGUAUCAUGCUGUCAGUUUAGCCUCUAGCUGUAUUGUUUUAAAUUAACCAAAAAGCUGUAAAUGAUCUCUAGACAUAUCUGUAUAUUUUGGCAUCAUCUUAGCUCAGGAAAUGGGUUCAGGCCUGAGCUGGCUCAGGGAGACUAACUUAGCCCCUGCCCUGUGGGAAGAGGCUGAGGAUUGUAAGCUAGGAGUGGAGCAUCACUACUUCUGUAGGGUAGCUCUGUUCCAUGGAGUCUGUGACUUUAUCAAUGAAAGCACUUGUUUGUGAGCACAAACUAUUCAUGAAAUAACACUAGAAUCUUACUUUCCUUUAGCCUUUGGGAUUGUAAAUAAAGUGCAUCUUGGGAGA